UUAACGAUAAUUAUACACAUUAACAGUAUGACGACGUUAAAGAUUGUGGUUGCUGUAUUUUCCUUAUUCAUCGUAAAAGUUUUUGGAGAAAAUGAGAAACAUUGUCCAAUAUCUGCCUUGACAGAAUAUUUUCAUAUUCGACAAGAUUAUCUUGAUGUAAAAGAUUUUAUUCCUCAUGGAACCACAUUGACAGUUAGAUGCAAAUCUAUGAGAGAAUUUUCCUGGGCACUUUGCCAAAGUGGUCAAUGGACAGUGGAAGAUAAAGACUGUUCUUCAGAACCAGCGAAACCUUUAAAAAGAAGAAAACGCGGAUGGGUUCGACGAAUUGUCAGAAAGGCUGUCAGAUUUGUUUGCAAUGUAUUCAAUUGUCCUAGUUCCCGAGAUAGAACUAAACCACAGAUAAGUAGUUGUCCGUCUGACAGAACAGUAAAUGCUAUACCGAUACAGCACCAUGCCUUUGUUGAUUGGACGCCUCCUACGGCAUGGGAUAACAAAGACGGACAAAUCAGCGUUCAUAUAAAUGGUCCCUACUUUCCUGGUGGUCCAUUUUUUGAACGAGAUGGUAGACCCACUACAGUUGGCUAUUAUGCCCGAGAUCGAGCAGGAAAUAUGGCAACCUGCAACUUCAAUAUAUAUGUAAAAGUUAUACGAUGUCCAGUGCGUUCGAGCAACAUACCAGAUGGAUAUAGAGUAUGUCACCCGAGCUAUGAUAUGGUAUUAGGAACAGUUUGUUCGUAUGGCUGUUAUCAGGGGCAUACACUAAAAGGAGCCCCAUCACGAAUAGAAUGUUUAGAAACAGGUCAAUGGUCAAGUCCAAAGGAGCCAUAUUGUGAGAAGAAACAGUGUUCAGCAAUUGUACAACGUGGUCAGCUAGGAGUUUCGUGCACAGCAGAUUUUUACUUCAGAUCUAUAUGUACAUUUAGAUGUGAUGCAGGAUUUGAUAUUCCUACAAAUCAGAGGAGAACGAAAGUUUGUCUGGCAUCAGGAACAUGGAAUGGAUACGACCCAGAUUGCGUUGACGUUGAACCACCCUCAAUAGAACAAUGUCCAAAUACCUUAAUGUUCUAUCCUGGAGAUAACAAAGACACUGCCUUUAUCUCUUGGAACAAACCAGUAGUGACAGACAACAAGGACAAGGGUUUGGAACCUACACAAGUAGUAGGUCCACCACCAGCCUCCGAACAAGGAGUUAACACGUAUAAUGUUAAGUAUACAGUAACAGAUUCAGCAGGAAAUGAAGGGAAGGAGUGCUCAUUUGACAUUGUGAUUAAACAACUGAGAUGUCCUAAGCUAUAUCCACUGCCUUAUAUGAAGUUGAACUUUACCGGAACGAGGCGUGGUUCUGAGUGUGCUUUUACAUGUCAAGAUAACUCAGUUUUAGUCGGCAAAAGAAACACCUACUGCAAAAGAAAUGGAGAAGAUCCCUAUGCAAAAUGGGCGAUGGAUUUCCAGCCUUUCUGUGAACUAUCAAAUGGUUGUCUAGAUCUGGUACCACCAGAAAAUGGAGCUCUAGCAUGUGACGUGUGGGUUGGUGGACGCUAUUGUCACCCCUUGUGUUCUCAGGGAUAUUCUGUACUUGCUUCAUUGCCAAAUUUCUUGAUUUGCCAAGCAAACGGAAUUUGGACACAGCACGACAGGUUGAAGGACUGUUUUAGUACAUCGAACGCCAGACGUAGAUAUGUUACCAUGGCAGCUGAGUUCUAUUUCACGGGAAACUGUAACGAUCCAGCUAUUCAGGCAGAAAUAAAGGGAAAAUAUAUGACUUCAAUAACAAACUCAGAUUCAUUUCUGGUAAAGAAAAUGUGCAUGACUCCUGAAUGCAAUAUUGGAAACGUGAAGGUUAUUUGCCCAACAACAUCAAAGAAAAGAUCAACAGAAACCAUGAUUAUUAAUACAGAUAUAUCAUUUGAGUCUGGAAAUGGUACACUUACAUCACAGCAAUAUGAAACAGAAGUGUUUACUUAUAGGGAAUUUGUGAAAUCUCUAGAGACAGAACAGAAAUCAGACAACUUUACUCUGGUCAUACAUGACCAGUAUGCUCAUCUUCUUGAAAUGACAUCAAAUAACUUAGAGCUAGAUUGUCCUGAUAAUUCUGUUCCUGUAUUCAGUACUAUAGUUGCCUGUGUGCAAUGUCCACCUGGUACGUUUUAUGACGGCAGUUCAAAAACCUGUAGUACUUGCUCCAGAGGUUCUUACCAACCACAUUCUGCUCAGGAUGACUGUAUCCCUUGUCCCUAUACUCAGACAACAGCCAGAAUUGGGGCCAUCGAUGCAUCGGAGUGUGAAGAUGCAUGUGAACCUGGUACUUGGUCUCUCACUGGUGUACCACCAUGUGUAGAAUGUGAUGUUGGUUUUUACGAGAGCAACUAUGGUUCUACAGUAUGUAAACAAUGUCCAGGAAAUCGUAUUACAUUGAUGGAAAAAAGUGACAAUAUAUCUUUUUGUGUUGAUUAUGAUGUUGUUUUUCCAAACAGCACAGAACCUGCUUACACGGAGCUGCAAAUAACUGAAAUUCCACUUCAAACACCAUUUGUCGUGACUUUUCAUAUAUAUUGCCAUAUUAAAUGUCAGGGAACGUUUUUCAGUAUGGUUUCCUCUGCAUCUGACCACAUAGAUAUGACAUAUAGUUUACUUACUAUCAACACAAACACUCAUGCUGCUUUUGACAGUCUCGACUUUUCAAAAAAAUGGUAUCAUAUUGCAUUACAUAUUGGAAGAAAUGAGAGUUCCUUAUUUGUGGAUGGAGAUAUGCAUAAAGUAUAUACAAACAACAUAGAUUUUUCUCAAAAUGUUGAUGUGAAUAUUACUUUAGGAGGAGAUGCCUUCAUAGGAGCCAUUUCCCAGUUUAGCAUUGUUUCCCAGCAAGGGUAUAUAAGUAAUGAACAAUUGUAUUCAAAAUGUGAAAGCGAAGGUGUGCCUUUCGGAUUCGUCAACUGGAACGAAUUUGCUUAUAGCAAUCUAAUAAAUGGAUACAUUAACAUCCCUUCCAAAUGUGAUGACUAUGAUGAGUGUCAAAUAAAUCCUUGUGUGAAUGGAAGCUGCACUGACAAUCUAGGAGGAUACACUUGUUCUUGUGAUAUUGGUUUUACGGGCAGUAACUGUGAUAUUAAUAUUGAUGACUGCGUUGCACAUGCCUGUCAAAAUAAUGCAACUUGUAUUGAUGAAGUAAAUGAUUAUUCGUGCUCAUGUGAAUAUGAGUAUACAGGAGAGUUAUGUGAAAUUGCAAUGGUUGACGGCAGUUGGUCUGACUGGGAUAACUGGACAGAGUGUUCCGUAAGUUGUGGUAAUGGAACAAUACAACGUCGCCGGGCAUGCACAGAUCCACUUCCAGAUAAUGGAGGAAAACUAUGUGAAGGAUCAGAUACAGAAAUUGAACUAUGCAGCUUGGAACAUUGUCGAGAAUGUACAGAGCUUAUUGAACCGAAUAACUCCACCUUGUCAUGUGUUAACAACAGCAACACUAUCACAUGUGUGUUAGAUUGUGAUGAUGGAUUUGACUUUGACCAUGAUGUGAAGGACGAAUACGUUUGUGGAAACGAAACAUAUUAUUACUGGGACUUUCAGACGAAUAAUAAUCCAUAUGGUCGACUACCUUAUUGUACAGAGGUUGUCCAAUCAUUCAAGAUGCAUGUUGAUCAUUCAGCUUAUUACGACUUGGAGGAAUGUGAUACGCUAUCCUCUCUUGAUAUCGAAAACAAAAUAACGGCUAGAAUUGAGUCAGCUACUCAGCAAUUAACAAGUGUGACAUCAAACAUUUGUACCAUUUCAAGCAAUGAAGUUAUUAAUUGCGACAGUUCACGUAGGAAACGAGACACUAGCACUUUUGUUGGUUUUACAGUAAAAUUAACAUGUGAUACCACUACACAUGGAACUGAGACCUGUUUUUAUGGAUUGGAAGACGCCAUUACAGAAUUAGAAGAAUUGGAAAACGGAAACGAGUUAGAUCUUCCACACAAUAGUCUCAUAUAUAAAAUUGUACAGAAUAGUUCUUCAUCAGACAGCAGUUUAAAUUGCCCAUCCGGAACAGUUCCUUUUCUUGCAUAUUGCGUGCCAUGUAGCAUUGGUCAUUACUAUUCCAAUGAAGGAUGUCUGUCAUGUGCUAAAGGAACAUACCAAGAUCAAACAGGUCAAACGUUCUGUUUUUCGUGUCCAAAGGGAAUGACAACUGAAGGAACGGACUCUGUGUAUAUUGAUGACUGUAAUGUACCUACACCAAUAUCUAGUGAGGAGAAUAAGUUGCCAAUAAUUUUAGCAGUAUGUAUCAGUAUCCCAAUUCUAGUUAUUAUAGUGGUUGUCAUUAUGGUGAUUUGUAGACAAAAUGGAAUUUUCAAAUCCUAUAAAAAAGGAUUUGAACAGAAUAAAAGCAAUAAACUGAAAGGUGACUGUGAUAAAUUGGGCAAACCUCGAUUAGAACCUAACACAAUAACAACUAUGCAAAGUAGCUACUUUAGUAAUGAUGGAUUUGAAUUUGACACAAUCAGCCUGGGAAUAAGCUCACCGCCUCCCGUUGGCUGUUCUUUCUCCCUAGCCAAAUCAAAGCAUGGCGAAAAAGUACAUACUUCGAAUCUAUCAGUGGAUGAAGAUGAACGGCCAAUUUCACCUAGGGAAUGUUGGACACACGAAUCUUUGCAUUUAGACUGUUAAUAAAAGAUUUAAGCUAUACUAAAGUCCUUAUCUUCAUAGAAAUAUGAACGUGAAUAGAUAUUUAAUACCGGCAUUUUUAUUUAUUUAUUGUUUUGUUCUCAAAUAAUGUAACCGCUAUUAAAAAAUAUACGACAUAAAGUUUAUUGAAUGACCUUACUAUUGUGGUGGAUAAAGAAGUAAUUCCAAGAUAGCAAUCAAAGAUCAAGACCGGAAGAAGGGCCGA